GAAUUUGUUUUUUUUCAGGAUUAGAAUGUCUGCUCCUCCAUAUAAUCCUCAACCUGGUGGAUAUUACCCUCCCCCAGGGGAGGGAGGAUAUCCUCCACCCAACCAGGGAUAUCCUCCACCGCAACAAGGAUAUCCUCCACCUCAACAAGGAUAUCCUCCACCUCAACAAGGAUAUUACCCUCCUCCUAACGAGUAUCAGCAACCUCAGUACAACUACGGAGCUGGUCCAGUAACUAACCAGCCUGGCCAGUUUACUCCUCUGGUUCCUCAGGGACAACCUCAGUUCUCACCUCCAGUGCAGGAGGAAGAUGGAGCUUGGAUGGGGCCAGUAGCAGAGCAGAUGGUUCCUCUUAACUGUCCUCCUGGACUAGAAUACCUUACUCUUAUCGAUCAGCUGAUAAUCAAGCAGAAAGUAGAGAUGUUAGAAGCACUAGCUGGUGUAAUGGGAUAUGGUUGUGAGACUAAGAACAAAUACAAGAUUAAAAACUCUCUUGGAAGAUGGAAGGGAAAUAUUUAUAAAGCUAAGGAGGAUACUGAUUGUUGCACUAGAGUCUGUUGCGGUCCCGUCAGACCAUUCGAUAUGACCAUAAAGGAUAACGCUGAUAGAGAGGUUAUUCAUCUAAACCGACCUUUGAGGUGUCAGUCCUGUCUGUUUCCGUGCUGUCUACAAGAGCUUGAGGUUAGCUCCCCACCCGGCACUAUUAUUGGUUAUGUCAAGCAGAACUGGAGCUUAAUCAAACCGAGUUUCUCUAUCUGUGACGGGGAUGGGAAUGAGGUUCUAAGGAUUAUUGGGCCCUGGUGUACUUUCAGCCUCUGUGGAGAUGUAGAGUUCAAGGUGAUGACUCCUGAUGAAAGCCAGGAGGUUGGGAGGAUCAGUAAACAGUGGACAGGAUUACUGAAGGAGUCAUUCACAGACGCAGACAACUUCGGGAUAAGCUUCCCAAUGGACCUGGAUGUAAGGUGCAAGGCAACCCUGAUCGGAGCUUGCUUCCUCAUUGACUACAUGUUCUUCGAGAAGCAGGCCAACAAGGAACAAGACGGCAUCGGCAUGCUUUAAGCUACAACAAUGCUCCAGUUUCCUUGGCUUCACUUCUUAAUAAAAGAAAAUAUUUUUCAUUUCACACGAUUUUAAUGAUAUUCCACGAAUCUUCGUUUUAAUACUAACGAAAAACAAUUUUUUUCUUCGUUUAACACUAUAAUCUUUAUUUUGACAUUGUUAUAUUUCUGAAAAUCCUCAAUGGAUUAUCCCUGAUGUAUAUUUAAACGAUUUUUGUUCUGAAAAUUUUAAUGGACUUUUUUCCUUGUUGCCUAACAUGUCUGGAUGCCGUUGCUAGACGAAAAAAAUUCCUUGUUGUUGCUUAUUUUGCUGUAUACUGUAUUUGCGCUGAAAAGCACCAACCCUGGUCCCUGCUUAUUAUUUGUAUGUCUGUAUGAAUGUUUGUAUAUCGGGGUAGGAAGAUUUAGGAAUUAACCUCUUUGUAAAACUUGGCCGUUUUCUUCAAUGCAAAGGUUUAUUUAACUCUAAUGUCGAUUAAUUUAGCGAGCAGAAACUAGUUUCAAUAUAUUGGCUUAUUUUUGGCUUUCAUUUUCUUCAGAGGAUUGGGAAAUUUCUAGUUUUGUCACCUCAAGGAUCAUAAUGGAAUGAAGUCUUUUCAACUUUCUAAUUGUAAUAUCAAGCUUUGGAGAAAUGGCCGAGCAUAAGUACCAACUGCCAGGAAGAACACCUACCCUGAUAGAAAUUGUUUCACUAACACUUUAAUGUGCACCUCACAAACCUUAUGAUAUUGCACAAGGAGAACUUGGAAACUACGAUGUCAAAUUCCCAGAGAAGAAAUUCAGGGGUGUAUAUUUUCUCAAAAAAAUCAUCCUACCCACUUUAGAAAAAAAAUUUCCUAAAUGAUAUUUCCAUAAAAACAUUCUCAAAUAUCAAAUAUAAAAAGAAGUUGGAAUUCAGCAUUAUGGAACAAUUCUACAAUUUAUAAUUUACUAAAGAUAAAUGUCACUCAAAGGGACCCUCCAUAUAAAAGAGGGACAUGUCUAAUUCACAACGAUACCCUGUAAAACUUUGUCUUUUUAAAAAUGAAAAAGAUAUCGACGUGUGUCUAGCUUGAACAGUGUUUUAUUCUUUUAACUUGUUUCUGUAAGUAGAAGUCCGAAAGUAAGUUUUACAGAGAAACUACAAACAAACAAAUUUCAGAAAGAGGAAAAUGAAUAGCUCAUUCUUAAUCAGAUAAUGCUUUUAAGAUUUCCGUUGUGAAUCAAACAUGCCACUUGUUAUUAAUUUUGGAGAAUAGUUAAUUGGAAAAGUUACAAAUAUCUAAAAAGUUCUAGAUCUGUUAUCUUUAUGUAAGAUUCAUAUAAUACCCUUCAUCCGUACAGAUUUCAGGCAAUCUAUUACACAAAAUAGUGCCUUUAUCUCCUUAGGCAUUCAAGCAUUGGUACAAAUAUUAAUAGUUUGUCUGAAAUAUAAUGAAUGUUCUCUCAGGUUUUGUCUUUAUGUAUCCUUGCUUUGCUUUUAUACAUUAUCUAAAUAUAUGUUUAUAUAUAUUA